AUGUACCCGGAGGAAAGUGCCAACCGCCAGAUCUGUUACAACACGGAUUAUGAUGUCUCUGUGGAGAGCGGCGAGGCUUUGAAGGCUGCCAGAUCAGGGCAUUAUCCCGCUCUGAUCCAGGAGGCGAUUAUGGAGCCAUCUCGCUCUGCUAUAGCGCACACGCACCCUACAUCACCUUCAGGAUAUGGUGCAACGAAGAAGCUCCGCAGCACCAUCAGGAGGAGCACGGAGACGGGCAUCGCCGUGGAGAUGAGAAACCGCGUCACGCGGCAGGGCAGCAAGGAGUCGACGGACGGCAGCACCAACAGUAACAGCUCAGAUGGAACGUUCAUCUUCCCCACCACUCGUCUGGGCCCUGAGAGCCAGUUCAGUGAUUUCCUGGAUGGCCUCGGUCCUGCACAGAUAGUGGGGCGUCAGACAUUAGCCACACCUCCUAUGGGAGAUGUCCACAUUGGAGUAGUGGACAGAGGUGGUCAAAUCGAGGUGGAGAUCACCCAGGCUAGGGGCUUAACCCCUAAACCAGGCUCCAAAAACAUUCCAGCAACCUAUGUGAAGGUGUAUGUUCUGGAGAAUGGAGCGUGUCUGUCCAAGAAGAAGACCAAAGUGGUGAAGAAAACUCUGGACCCGACCUACCAGCAAAACCUGCUGUUUGACGAGAGCCCCCAGGGCAAAGUGCUGCAGGUGAUCGUGUGGGGUGAUUACGGCCGCAUGGACACCAAGUGCUUCAUGGGAAUGGCCCAGAUCCUCCUGGACGAGCUGGACCUGACAUCCAUGGUCAGCGGCUGGUACAAGCUCUUCCCCACCUCCUCACUGGCUGACCCCAGCAUCGGCCCGCUGACCAGACGCCUCUCGCAGUCGUCUCUGGAGAGCGCCACCAGCCCGUCCUGCACCUAGAGAUGACCUCGGCCCCGGCCAGGCCAUCCUCCGAGUCUUCUCUCCGU